AUGGAUCAAGUUUCCCUCAGCCCUGUGGAGAUUCUCGUGUGGUUAAGACGAAGUUUGGCUACAUCAUUGGAAGGCGAUUCGUUUUUGGCAACUUGGAGUUAUACUCUAUUCCAGGUCGACGCGUUUCAAGGAAUCCCAUUUGCUAAGCCACCUGUGGGGGAACUGCGAUUCCAGAAACCUGAAUGGCCAGAACCAUGGGAUGACGUGAAGGUAACCAAAGGAUUUGCGGCAAGAGGAAUUCAGAAAGAUGUGCACUACUUUGAGACACUGAAGCUAGGGAAGACAUCGGAAGAUAAUCUCUAUUUGAAUGUGUUCACGCCGGCAUGGAGCCCGGAUAUUGGCUCACCAGGAUUCGCCGUCCUCGUGUUCAUCCAUGGAGGUGGCUUCAUCUGCGACAGUGCGGUGAAGUAUGGCGAUGUCGGUAUCUGCGAGCACCUGUGUACAAAAGAUGUGGUCGUUGUGACUGUCCAAUAUCGUCUUGGAUUUCUUGGCUUCUUCUCCACUGGAGACGAACAUUUUCCGGGAAAUCUUGCCCUCUGGGAUCAAACCCUUGCUCUCAGAUGGAUUCAGGAGAACAUUGCUCUUUUCAAUGGCGAUCCCAACAACGUGACGGUCAUGGGCCAGUCCGCCGGUGGAGCCUGUGUCGAUCUUUUGAGUAUCUGCCCCCAUUCGAGAGAUCUCUUCCACAAGGUGAUCCCAAUAGCAGGAACUGCGAGCUGUUCGUGGGCCAUAAACGACAAUAUGGUAGAAGAAUGUCGUAAGUUUGCUGAAAGAAAUGGUGUUCACGAAUCUCGCGAUUCCAAAAAGAUGAUUGAUGCCCUACGGCAGUUGCCAGCUUCUAAAUUCGCGUUAUCCUUGAUGGACAAAGUGGGAACUAUCGCAAAAUGCUGUCCCGUUGGUCCACGACUCGACUUUGAUUUCAUUCCAAAGAGUGUCGAUCAAUUACGUAUAGAGGCUCCGCCUAAACCGAUGCUGAUUGGAUGCAGUGCUUCCGAAGGACUCCUGUUUUUAGGAUUCGGGUACGGGAAGGAUCAUUCAGUCAGUACGAUUAUGGAGUAUAUUUCGGAACUGGUCCCCGAAAGCGAGUACCCUCACAUGUUCAAGAAGUUGCGAGAGGAAAUUUUACAAAAACUCGUGACAAAUCCUCAAAAUCCUGUCGAAGUGACCCGAGCGUUCACAGAGAUGCUUGGCGAUUUAUUCGUAAACAUCGCACUUCAGCAGACUGUUCUAGAAACAUUGGAAGCACACGAUGAUCCCGAUGCUCCCGUGUAUUUUUAUUCAUACGACUACUAUAACCCGAAAAGAAAUUCAUUUGCAGAUGCAACACAUUGUACGGAAUUGGCUUAUAUUUUCGCUGUGGGAAUCGUCUGGAAUUUCGAUUUCAACGACGAUGACAAACGUAUGUUAGAGUUGACGACAAAAAUGUGGACAAAUUUCGCUAAAUAUGGGUGA